CCCCGCCGCGCCGAACCCGUACGCCGGCCCGCCGCCGGCCCGGCAGCUCAUCUCGCUGGGGCUACUGCAGAUCGCCCUGGGCUGCUCUGUCCUCCUGUUGGGCUUCGAGGUGCUGUCGCUAAGCACCGUCCCGCAGGUGAAUAACACCUGCCUGUUCUGGGCCGGCUCCUCGGUAAUUUUAUCUGGAAUUUUAGGCUUAACAGUAAGGAAGAGGCCAAUGAUAGCUCUGGCUAACUUAUUUGUUCUGAUGAAUAUUGUUUGUGUUCUACUGAACCUGGUUGUAUUUAUCAUGGGAUGUCAAGGCAUUCAAUUUGCGUCCAGUUUACCAAGAUGCAAUUUGGUGGGUAUGGGUGAAAACAAGAUCUGUUUCUGCUGUGAAGAAUUUAAUCUUGCUAAAUGCACAGAAAAGACUGUACUGAAGCUGUACCAUGUGAAGUCAUGCAACGCUUCUCACCUUCUUCUCAAGAGAGUUCUCCUUGCUCUUUGUGCCAUGAGUGCUCUCACCACCGCAAUCUGCUUGGUAGUGGCUGUCCUGCAUUGCUUACAGAUUUUUGCAGCAAGAAGAUCCUGCAUAAAUGAAUCUCUGCUUGAAGGCCAAGGUCACACUUUGGAUCCUGAUGAUUCUGCUUCACCUGUGCUGCCUCCCUCCUAUUCUGCAGCUGUUCAUUCCUCUACUCCACAAGCAAGUGGCAGGAUGCUUGGCUUAAAUAUGGUUCCACUGUCCCAUAUUUCUGGAGCACGAAUCAAAGGCAUUGAAGUGUUCUGCUUUCUGGACCCACCUCCUCCUUAUGAAGCUGGGAGAAGUUCUGAGCAGGAAGAUGGACAGCAAGUAAGUGGUGCAGAAGUUGCUGAUUUGGGGGAAGUAAGUGACAGAGAGGCUUCUCAAGGUGAAGAAAUUCCGGAGCCUUCCAGCAGAGAGAGCCUUUCACCUUCAAAUGCAAGCCUGGUGGCUGCAGAAGUAGCAUCCAGGAGAGCCUUCAAUCCCUUGCGGAAACGGUCUAAAAGUGACCCUGUGCUGCACUGCCGACUGCAUCAAGCGGCAGUGCUUGACUAUGAAGCUGCAAUGCAGAGUGAAGUAAAACCACAACUCUGGCCUGCCACCUUGCAGAAGCGUUUGAGAGUAAGAGCUUUGAGGGUGGUGACACCAGCCCAGCAAGCCAUGUCAUUGAGUGGCCAUGUGUUACCUUUCAGUUGUCAUUCUGGAUUGCUGCACCUGGAGGGCUGUGGUGACCUGAGUACUUUCACCACAGGUGAAGAUUAGGUAGUAGAGAGGCGGAUCCAGAGAGCAGAGCACGAGCAGCCUCUUAGUCUUACCCAGGUUUCCAGAGAAAUAUUAUUUGAGCAGGUUUCUAUCUUUCUUUGAGCUGGUUUCUAUUUAUUCCUCAUUAGAGCACUCUGUCAGACAUAUAUCUGCACAGGAAAAUUAUCUCUGACCAGUGGGUGAAAGAGUGUGCCAAUAACUUUUUUUUUUAAUACCCUCCUACUGAGACUAGUAAGGGAAGCUUGUUCAACAAAAUGUAUUAAGGAGAUUGCAAGCUGACAGGUUUUGGCUGCUCAGGUGCAGCUAGUGUGCUUGUGACAUGCUACUGUCUUGCCCUUUUGCUGUACCUCUCUAGUCUAUCACCACUUAGGACAGAUUUGCUUUUUUCCUCAACUUACAAGAGAGACAGCAGAAUGAAUCUAUGCCUUGGUUUACUGGGGCAAGGCAAGGACAGUUAAUGCAUGUGUGCACUUUGUAUCUCAUUGGAGAACACAUCCAGUGUCAAUGCCUGUGCUCAUCUGGUGUGUGUCACUGUAGCUCCACAGGUUUAUAUAUUUAUUUAACUUUUUUCCCUGGCAUAUAGCAAUUUACUUCCUAGUAGAGGUGCUUGUUAUGUGCCAGCUGACAUCCACACUGGAAGCAUGUAUGAAGCCAUCUCACAUCCCCUGCAGACGUGCAGGUGACUGCCUAACAUUGUUUUGCCAAUCUUAACCACCAGGCUACAGCAACCUGGAGCUGACACCCUCUGGCUGGUAAACAAAUGCAUAUGCCGGGUGGCUCAAGCUGUUGACUGCAGAUAGUUUGUUACGCUCUGCUGUGUCUGUAUGCUGCUAAUGCGGAAUACACUAAGUAGUUCCAGAGGCUGGGAUCAGGCACACAAAUUUGAUUUGCAAGGUUUGUUGUAGCCUUCUGUGUCUCAGCAGGAUGGUUAAAUAUUUAUGCCACUAUUUUAAUAAUAAAGUUUCACUUAAAAAUUAUUAAACGGCUUUCCCACUGAAGGCAAAAAAGCUUUGAGUUUAAUUAAGCUUGUUCAGAAGUUGAAACUGUGCAUUAUGACUUGACUCA